UCGGCGCGCUGUCAAACAAAUAUUCUCCCUUGCUUGCGCUGGCAAUUCGCUGACUUGACCGAUUAUCGAUAGCCAACACCUUUCACAAUGCCGCCUCGCGCCACAAAGAAGAAGGCGACAGUGCCUGAGACUCCGUCAAAACGUGUGACGCGCACUUCGACACGCGCCGGCAGCGCAACUCUCGAAGAACCUCUCGAAACGCCGACGCUCAGAAGAGGUCGCUCGCGCUCAAAGACGCCCGAAUCCAAGACUUCGUCAUUCGAGAAGCCACAUCACGAGUCGCAGCUUCCCGCCGUCGCCGAAGAGGAAGAGAGACACACUCCUCGCGUCACUUUGCCCAACCCUGUCGACGUUGCUCCCAUCGCAGACGCAUCGCCUUACGUCACCCCUGCCACCUACCGCCAAAUCGCUGCUUCGACGCGCAAAUCGCUCCACGAGUCGCCCAAAGUCAGCCAGACUGUCCAGCAGUCGGUCGAGGUCUACGUUCACCAGGACGCGACCGGAGUCGAGAACGAUAACGACGAGGUCGAGCAACACGAAUCAGAAGAAGAAGCUGUCCAGGAAGCCGUCGAAGCACAGCUUGCCAGCGAGACAGCCGAGGCUGGUUUGUCACUCUCUCAUCCUACCCCCCCUGAUCUGAAGACAACCCCCAACACAAGCCUUGCCGGCAAAUCAUCCACAAGAGACAGAACUUUGUCCGGCCGAGUCGACAAACGCAUUCUUCCUUCAGAACGCGGCGCGAUCCGCAGCCCUUUGAUAUCCAGCCCAUUGGCUCAAGUCUCGGGCAACGCUGCAUCGUCGCCUGUGUCACCGCUUAACUUUUCCAAAUACCUGCCUGCACACUUCCAGCGUUCACCUGCUUUCUCGUCUCCUACGCUCAUGGAACGCAGCCUCAAGUCUGACGGUGUCUUCGGAGGGCUAACCGAUUCUCAACGUACAGCGCUCCUCAUGGACAUGCGCAGCGAGAUUAUGCGCCUGCGCAGAAUCGAGGAGCAAUACCUCGCUGUCUCCAAGCAGUCCCAGCCCGUCACCUAUGCAUCUCCUCAGCAGCUUGCCAAGUCCACAUCGCAGCCACCCGCUCUGCAAGAAUCAUCCCCAGACGUACCUUGCACCGUCACCCGCCUCAAGGACCUCCGUUACCAGAGAAGCAUAGCUGUACCUGCCAGAGCCAGACUCUUGGCAGAAGAAGCCGACCGCAAGGCCGCCGCCGCUGCUGCUGCUGCUGAGAAGAAGGCCCAGGAAGAGAAACACGCCGACCAGACUCCUUCGCGGUUUGUCGACGACAAGCGUAAGAGCAAGACUUCUCAGACCAAGACUCCCGAAGCGCAAACACCACAGAAAUCAUCACAAGCGCUCGUCGUGGCCGAGACGCCUGCUGCUUCUCCAUCAUGGGGACUCGGCUCUCUUUUCGGCUCAGUGAAGAACAUCUUCACUCACCGACCCAACCUUUCACCCAUCAAGCAGCACCAAGACCAGCCUCAAGAGCAAAGUCAAGAGCAACAGAAAGAACAACAACAGCAGGAACAAAUGCAGCAGUCGCCAUCUGAGCGCGCUCCUAAAAGACCGUACUCUACCCCCGCACAUCUCAAGCAGCAAAAGCGCAACCACUUCAUGUCUCCGCAGCAGAGUCCAACCCCCAAGGCCAAAUCACCCGCUCCACCCGCAACGCCUGCUGCUGAGGAGACUGAGAAUUACGGCCAGACACCCAGAACCCAGCGUCGCACCGUGCGCCAAAAGCGCGACACACCCGUAAAGCCUAAAGAGCCCAAUGCAGACGUCAGAGCCCAGAAGCUUGAGCAAGUAGCUCAAAAGAGUGCCGAGCGCCAACAAGCCGAGGCAAAGGCCGAUAGACUUGAGAAAGAGCGUCAUGAAAUCCAGGAAGAGCUGCGCAAGAGUCAAAUGCAAAUUGCUGCUAAUUACAGAACUGGCAACAAGAGAAAGGUCAAUGUCGAUGAUCUUGCAGUCAUUCCAUGCUCAGACGGUGUCUUCAAGUUCGGUAUGGUGGAUAGCUUCUUCACAUACGACGAAGAUAGAGACUUUGUCGAAAUGUACGAGGAAGACAUUCACCUGCGAUCAUCUGUUCAGCAGUCAAAGAGAGCCAGAAUCGAUGAUAACGUCUUCGAGCCCAAGACUCCACCAGCACAGCCCUCUUUCGUCAGCCCUGUCAAGCAAGCAGAGGCACCACAGACAUCCCAGACACCACAGGCAUCUGCUGCUCCUGCAACACCUGCUCCAAACUACUCGCAGCUCACUCAGCAAGCCAUUGAGAAGCAGCUUCAAGGUCUCGAUCGACACAAGCCCAAGCAGCCUUCGCGCCUUCGUAAUGUUGAACGCCUCUCUACCGGCAGCACCCUCGCCGCUCCGUCACCGCAGCAAGGUAUUACCAGCCCUCUUCAGAACAUCAAAGAAGUUAGCCCCGUCCCUCAGCUUCCCCACACACCUCCUGCCAAGAUCUACAACUGGCCAGCCGGAGAAGAACUUGAAACACCCGAGACUUGGGAAAGAAUUCUCAAGCUGUACACGCCUGAGAUGGCCGCAGCUGAUCAUGCUUACUUCACCAAUGGCUUGAUUGCCGCUGGCGCCAACACUUCGGCAGUGUUCACCCUCUGAGCGACGCGAGUUGAGACGAACGAAUCCACAAUCUACGUCGAGUGAAGAAAGGUCAAGGUCUCUUUGGUUUGCAGCUGGUCAAUCAAGACUAGCUCGCCAUGAUCUGACUGUCAAGAAGGCUUCUGCGGUUUGUAGCUGGUUUCAUCAUACUAGCUCGCCAUUCAUCUGGUGUGCAGCUGGUUUCAUCAGGACUAGCUCGCCACCCAUUCGGUUCGCAGCUGGUAUUCUACACUGGCUCGCCAUGUACUUGGUUUGCAGCUGGUCUCUGGCAGACUCAGCUCGCCGUCCAUUCGGGUUGCAGCUGGUUGAUCAUACUAGCUCCCCUUGUACCCGGUUUGC